AUGUAUUGGAUAUACCGCAUCGUCGCCGUCGCGAUUGCCUUUUCUGCCCUCGUCUAUGUCCUCUGGGCCGCGCCGCGCUACCUCGAUCCCAGCGGCAGUGAUCCCGUCAAGCAGGAGCGCGACCGCCGCUGGGUUAACACGAGCCCGUACUUUGUCGACCGUCAGGCCUGCAGCUGGCUGACCCUCUGCGGCCUUCACCACCUCCGUGCCGACCCGGCCAGCCGCGACUACAAGAACCAAGGCCAGCUCCGGCUCGACCCUCCGACGCCCGACGUCGGCCGCGGCGAGAAGCCUGGUUCCCGCGAUAUUCCCGACUACGUCUUCAAGCAUGCACCCAUCGUCCACCUCUACUCGGGCGAACAGUUCUGGCCCUCGGACAUGCGCGAUCACAUUGCCCACAUGGACGUCCAGCUCAACUCGGCUGUCCUCAACGACACUGGUCCCUGGGACCUCGAUAACAUGCGCCACCUCAACGAGCUCAACGGCAGCGUCUUCCUCCACAGCAAGAACAAUGUCGAAGACCGCCCUGCGUGGCUGCACAGCCGCUACAAUAUACCCUCGGCAUUUCCGACCGAUGCCGAGCCUGCCUCGGACGAGCCUGCUGUGCUUGACGAGGAUGCGUCCACCACGCCUCACCACCCACAUGUGAAGCCAUCCGACUUUGGCCAGUCGCGGGCCGUUCACGCCCAGCCGACGCUUCAAAAAGUACUCUCCGGCGGCAAACACAAGCAGACGCAGGACGAAGACGCGCAGGGCCACAAACCCGACGUCCAAGGCUACUCUGCCGCCCCGGCCGUCCUUGUCCUGGCCGACAAGGGCGAGGGUGUCGUCGAUGCCUUUUGGUUCUUCUUUUACUCGUACAACCUCGGCCAGACGGUCCUCACCAUGCGCUUCGGCAACCACGUCGCCGACUGGGAGCACUGCAUGGUGCGCUUCAAGGACGGCGUGCCGCAGGGCAUGUACCUCUCAGAGCACGAGGGCGGCCAAGCCUACGCCUGGGAGGCCAUGGAGAAGCGCAACACGACGUUCCGCGGCGUCCCCGGCGCGGCCGAGCGUCCCGUCAUCUACUCGGCGCUCGGCUCCCACGCCAUGUACGCUACGCCUGGUGUCCACGCCUACAUCCUCCCCUUUAAUAUGCUCAAGGAUGUGACCGACGAGGGCCCCCUGUGGGACCCGUCCCUCAACCACUACGCAUAUCACUACGACUACAAGUCUGACGACGACUUUCACCCCGAUAACGCCGGCGAGGUCAAGUCGAUUGUGGAUGCCGGCGACGAUAAGCCCCCCGAGACAUUGUCCCCGGCAGCCUCCAACCCGAACGCGCCGACGUCGUGGUUCCACUUCCGCGGCCGCUGGGGCGACGGCGUCUACCCGCUCGCCGACGUCCGUCAGUGGCGUCUGUUUGGGCAGUACCACUAUGUGUCGGGCCCGCAGGGACCGAAGUUCAAGAACCUCGGGCGCAAGAAGAUGUGUCUGGCCAAGAAGUGCCGCAUUCGCCAUGAGCGUGAUGGUUCAGGAACGUGGUACUGA